AAGAUGCUGCUCCGCGGGCACGGUCACCCGUGCAAGCGUUCUCUCGUUGUUAAGUAGGUAUGCUGUACGCUGAUGUAUCCUCCCCGUUAAGGAGCCAUCUAGCUAGCUGCUACUGUAAGCUGUGAGCUUCUUCCUCCUCCCGCUUCAGCCGUCGUCGCCCAGUUGAUCUGCUCAUCUGCAGAUCCAUCGGGCAGGGCACCUCAACUCCAAUGGAUUCGCUCCUACCUGGUUUCCCGCCAUCAGAUGUGCCAUCCCACAGGAGGUCGAGAUCAAUGGGACAUCAGAACUUCAUGAGUAUAGAGUUACAACAAAUAGAGGGGAUGACCUCGGAGUUCACACUCCAGCUGUUAGACCAUAUUACAAAUCAUUUUUCUGAGGAGAGCAUAAUUGGCCGUGGUGGGUCUGGAGUAGUUUACAAGGGUGAAUUGGAUAACGGUGAAGAGAUUGCUAUGAAGAAGCUUCAUCAAAUGCCUGGGCUUGACGAGAAGCAAUUUACGAACGAAUUCAACAAUCUUAUGAGAGCGAAACAUAAAAAUAUUAUACGGUUAGUUGGCUACUGCUACUAUCUAGGACAUGAACGUGUAGAGCACAAAGGAAAAUAUGUUUUUGCUCAUGUGCAAGAAAGACUACUCUGUUAUGAAUACUUGCAAGGUGGAAAUCUCGACCAGCAUCUUUUUGAUGAAUUAUGCGGACUUGACUGGCACACACGGUACAAAAUAAUAAAAGGUGUAUGCGAGGGUUUAAAUUUCCUCCAUACAGGAUCAGAAGAUCCUAUCUGCCACUUGGAUUUAAAACCCGCAAACAUACUGCUGGACAAAGAUAUGACACCAAAAAUUGCAGAUUUUGGUUUGUCCAGACUCUUUGCUUCCGCACAGACCCAUAUCACGACACAAAUUAUAGGAACACUUGGAUACAUGCCUCCCGAAUUCAUAGAAAGAGGCAAAAUCACACCAAAAUUUGACAUAUUCAGUUUGGGUGUUAUAAUUAUAAAAAUAAUAGCUGGGCCUGAUGGUUACUCCAAAUUUGCAGAUAUGUCUUCUGAAGAAUUUGAUAAGCUGCUGCACCAAAACUGGGCAAAGAGGUUGCAUGAAACGAUGCCGUCCGGUACAUUGCAGGAAAUGAAGACAUGCAUGGACAUUGCAUCAAGAUGUGUGGAGAGGGAUGAAGAGAAAAGGCCAUGCAUAAGCGAGAUUAUCCAUGAACUGUAUAAGAUUGACAGUGGCAUUAUUAACGAACCAAAUCAGAAUUACAGUGACAUUCUGGAUAAACAAGACAAGCUUGAUGGUCACCUUGUCGAUGAAGUGGAUAAGAUCGGUGGUAACAUUGCGGCCAAGAUUGAGGCGAACAUUAUCAAUGAACAAGAUAAGGUUAGUACUGCCAAAACUUCAACCAUGUUCAAGGUAAUUUUGGUGACAGCGUUCAUAUGGGCAAUUUCUUUUCACCUAUAACAUUGCCUUUGUGUCCACGAAGAAACAAUUUAUAACUUACAUGGAGAAAAUAAAGCAAAUCCUUUGCUAUAUAGGUCCUCAACUCCUCAUCCAUGCAUGUUAAUUGUUAUAAUAAUCUUAACCACCAGUAUUAUUGUCAAUACUCUUC